AGCUCGUGCUGCAACCAUCUGCCAAUAACGAUCCUGCUGAGAGAGCGCGUGGGGGAGAGAGAGAGAGAGAGAGCGAGCUCAGUGCGGAGGGCUCGUGCAGCAUCAGAGGGCUCGUGCAGCAUCAGAGAUGUGAGCGGCGGGAAACAGGCUCUGCCUCGCGCUGCAGGAGGACGGCAGGAUGGCGGGAGGACGGCGGGGUCUCGUGGCCCCUCAGAACACUUUCCUGGAGAACAUCGUACGCCGGUCCAACGACACAAACUUUGUCCUGGGGAACGCUCAGAUCGUGGACUGGCCCAUCGUCUACAGCAACGAUGGAUUCUGCAAACUGUCGGGCUACCACCGAGCCGAGGUCAUGCAGAAGAGCAGCACGUGCAGUUUCAUGUACGGCGAGCUGACUGACAACGACACGACGGAGAAGGUUCGCCUGACCUUCGAGAACUACGAGAUGAACUCCUUCGAGAUCCUCAUGUACAAGAAGAACCGAAUGCCCGUUUGGUUUUUCGUGAAGAUCGCUCCCAUCAGGAACGAGCAGGAUAAAGUCGUCCUGUUUCUCUGCACCUUCAGUGACAUCACCGCCUUCAAGCAACCAAUCGAGGACGACUCUGUUAAAGGUUGGGGUAAAUUUGCCCGUCUUACUCGAGCGUUGACGAGCAGUCGAGGAGUUCUUCAGCAGCUUGCUCCGGCCGUGCAGAAAGGAGAAAACAUCCACAAACACUCCCGACUAGCAGAGGUCCUGCAGCUGGGCUCGGACAUCCUGCCUCAGUACAAACAGGAAACACCAAAGACACCGCCGCACAUCAUCCUGCACUACUGUCUCUUUAAGACGACGUGGGACUGGGUCAUCCUCAUCCUCACCUUCUACACCGCCAUCAUGGUCCCCUACAAUGUGUCCUUCAAGACCAAGCAGAACAACGUCACCUGGCUGGUGGUGGACAGCAUCGUGGACGUCAUCUUCCUCGUCGACAUUGUCCUCAACUUCCACACCACCUUCGUCGGCCCGGCGGGCGAGGUCAUCUCCGACCCCAAGCUCAUCCGCAUGAACUACGUUAAGACCUGGUUCGUCAUCGACCUUCUGUCCUGCUUGCCAUAUGAUGUCAUCAACGCCUUCGAGAAUGUCGAUGAGGGCAUCAGCAGCCUCUUCAGCUCGCUCAAAGUGGUCCGCCUGCUGCGUCUGGGUCGAGUCGCCCGGAAGCUGGACCACUACAUCGAGUAUGGCGCCGCCGUGCUGGUCCUGCUGGUGUGCGUGUUCGGGCUGGCGGCGCACUGGCUGGCGUGCAUCUGGUACAGCAUCGGAGACUACGAGGUGAUCGAUGAGGACACCAACAGCGUGCGCAUGGACAGCUGGCUCUUCCUCCUGGGCGAGACGGUGGGGAGGCCUUACAGGUUCAACGCCACGGGCUCGGGGCGCUGGGAGGGCGGGCCCAGUAAAGACUCGGUCUACAUCACGUCGCUCUACUUCACCAUGACCAGUUUGACCUCCAUCGGCUUCGGGAACAUCGCGCCCAACACGGACGGCGAGAAGAUCUUCGCUGUGGCCAUGAUGAUGAUCGGAUCGCUGCUCUACGCCACCAUCUUUGGAAACGUGACCACGAUCUUCCAGCAGAUGUACGCCAACACCAACCGUUACCACGAGAUGCUGAACAGCGUGCGAGACUUCCUCAAACUCUACCAGGUCCCUAAAGGCCUGAGCGAGCGCGUCAUGGACUACAUCGUGUCCACCUGGUCCAUGUCCCGAGGCAUCGACACCGACAAGGUGCUGCAGAUCUGUCCAAAGGACAUGCGUGCUGAUAUCUGCGUGCACCUGAACAGGAAGGUGUUUAAGGAGCAUCCUGCGUUCAGACUGGCGAGCGAUGGCUGCUUACGAGCGCUCGCCAUGGAGUUCCAGACGGUGCACAGCGCGCCCGGCGACCUCAUCUUCCACGCCGGGGAGAGCAUUGACAGUCUGUGCUUCGUGGUGUCGGGAUCACUGGAGGUCAUCCAGGACGACGAGGUGGUGGCCAUUUUAGGUAAAGGUGACGUGUUCGGCGACGUCUUCUGGAAGGAGAUGACGUUGGCUCAGUCGUGUGCAAACGUUCGAGCGCUGACGUACUGUGACCUCCACAUCAUCAAACGAGACGAGCUGCAGAAAGUUCUCGAGUUUUACUCCGCCUUCGCUAACCACUUCGCCCGAAACCUGCUGCUCACCUACAACCUGAGGAAGAGGAUUGUAUUUCGGAAGAUCAGUGACGUAAAACGUGAGGAGGAGGAGAUGUUGAAGAGGAAGAACGAGGCUCCUCUGAACCUCCCUCCAGAUCAUCCGGUCAGACGACUCUUCCAGCGUUUCCGGCAGCAGAGGGAGGCUCGCCUGGCCUCUGAGCGGGUCGUUCAGAGUGACGUGGAGAAAGGCGCUCACCUCGAGGCAAGCAGAGGUCCGGAGGUCCUGGCCUCGACCAGUAUCGUCAUGGUGACGGAGAGUCCAGCAACACCCCCCACCUUAUCGUCUUCCUCUUCAUCCAGGACCUCCAGCAGAGUCAUCCUGCACGCUCCUGCUACACAAAAUGGAAAUCUGAUCGGCUGCAAAUCAGCAGAACCACCAAAAGCUAAGGGUUGGGGUCGCUUUAAGGAGGCGGUCGUGAAGGCCGAGUCGUGGAGCAGCGUCUCGAAGGCCGAGUCCAUGGAGACGCUUCCCGAUAGGACUAAGUCUCAGGACGAGUUGUCCCUCAAGAAAACGGACUCCUGUGACAGCGGCAUCACAAAAAGCGACCUCCGUUUGGACAAUGUCGGCGGCGCCAGAACACCGCAGGAGCAAAGCCCGGUCCAGUCCGAGGAGAAGCGGGUCUUCUGUCCGAUACCCGAGCAGAGCAUUCAGGCGUCUUUCCUCGAGCUGAAACAAGAGUUAAGAGGAGACAUCAGAUCUCUGAACGGUCGCAUGGCAGCGCUGGAGGCUCAGCUGGCUGAGAUGCUGCGACUUCUCAAAUCCAGGAAGUCUUCGGGAUCCUUCUUUGAGAUCUCGCGGCCCCCCUCCCCCGACUCUGAUAAAGACAGCUACUCCUAAACUCAAACAGCGGGAACACGUUGUCAGGGAGGAGCGUCUGAACGCAGAGACUAAAGCACUUUGUGAUAGAAACUGUCUUUGAUCCCAGAUCAUCCAGCAGGCAGCUUUCAGACCUUCAUAUGAUAAUGGCAAUAAUUAAAGAUGGCUUUAACACGACUGUUUUUAACAGGACUUUGGCACUGUGAGUGUGUUUGAAGGUUUGGUGGACUUGGCUCUUUUAGAGUCUCAAAGUUGGUUUGUGUUCAGAAAUAUUGAAACGUCUGCUCUCAAUCAAAAGAACAUCGGGGGUCUGGGUAAGUUAUCCCUGUCAAUAAUAAAAGGAAACUUCUUAAUAAUUGUGAAGGUCAGAAGUGGUUAGAGACCAUCGUGUUGAUGUUACAGCGGUCUGUGAUUGGCUGUUAGGAUUCAGUCAGGGUUUGCUUUGUUGAUUUAAGGCAGGCUAACGGUAGAAAUGAUGCAGACUAAACACUGUGUGAGAAGUCUGUGACGUUUUAUAUGUAGAAUGAAUGAGAAAGAUUGAAUACAGAUAAGUAUAAUGUGUGUGAUGUCUCCUGCUGGACGUCUGAGCGGUUACCAUGUUCUUCAACUCUGAGCAGAGCCUCCGGGGUUUUUACAUUUCAAUUCUGCUUCCAUGCAAAAUAUUGUAAAAGUUAGCCGGUGACGAUGUUUGAAUCAUUUCUGCUUUGUAAACUCUGCAAGUUUGGGCCCAAGCUGAAUCAAGAUGAGUCUUCACUGAGGACGAGAGGCUUGGGUAUCAAGAACCGGUUCCAGAUUUCUGAGAAAUUGAUGAACUCUGAUUCUUCUUCUCGGUUCCUAACGGCAACAUAAAUCAUUCAUGAUUAAACCUCAGUGAUUAAACUGUUGAGUCCAGCAGCUUUCCGGUAAACAAACUGCAUUAUUGAUUUCUGGUUAUUCAUCGAUAGAUUUAAAGGACCAAUCAGUGAGAUGUGUAGUGAGGUAAAUGAUAAAGGUAUCUUACUAUCUGAUCAUUAAGGAAACAUGUUGAAGUGCUGGCUUCUCUGACAACAAUGCAGCAGCCAGUAUGUCCUCCUUCUAACUUUAGAUUCUGCUCCUGAAUGAUCUGGAUUUGUUUGGACCAGGCAUGUUUUGAUUGAUAUUUUUUUAUUGUCAUCAUAGUACAUCAGAAACAGUUACACAUAAUAUAAGACAGAAACAGAAACAUUUAUGUUCUUGAAAUAUGAAUUAGGUUUCGUUAAGAACCAGAUUCAAAAAGUGGAACCGGAUUCAAUAAAACCUAAAUGGUACUCAGCCCUCGCUCACAUCUGGACCAAUCCCAGUACCGCCCCAACAGAAACCA